AAUAUAAUGUGUGCUCUGGGGUCCCCGGUCAUGCAUAGUCACUGCAGCCUGCGUCUGGGCCUGUGUGGGUGAUGCAGCCUCUCUUCACUCACUAAGAACUGAUUCUUUCAAAGCAUGUGUUUUCUGAAGAAACUUUAGAACCACAUUCAUUUUAGAAGAACUAAAGAAAACAAAUAGAUUGAUGCUCACAGCUUCCUGGGUGCUUUCUCACAGGUAAAGCCAUGGCGUCGGUACCUUCCAUUGGUUGCCUUCUAGCCAGAAAUCAGUAUUAUCGAAAGUCCAGUAUUUCUUCAGUUAGUUCUUUAACGGGCUCUGAUUCUGUUAACUUCAUAGAUGAUGACAAAUCACAGCAAGGGUUGCCUGAAGUGGCAGAAUCCACCUGGUGGUUUAAAUCCUUUUUCCAGUCUGAACCUGUGCUUUCAAAUGUGAGAGUAAAAGAUCUGUCUGCUUUGGCACCAGCAGUUGAUUCUGACAAUCAAGAUCCUCUGCCUGCUGCAGACAUCCACACGUGAACAGCUCCCCUUUAGCACCCCAGCUACUACAGGACCCUUCUCCAUUGUAAGAAGACAAAAAUGUGCCCGAGAUCUCAUUUAUGAGUCAAGAUCACAGCAGCCACUGAUAGAGCAAAAGUUUAGGCAUUUUUCUCAACACAAAGAUUAUCACUGCAAAUGGUACUUGCCACCUGGUGCAUAUUUGAAAAGUGUGCCAUUAGAAACAAGACACCCUUUUAAAGUACUAUAUCUUGAAAUGUUGUGAUUUAUAGAAAGUAGCUCUUUCAUUACUCAUAUCAUUUUUAUUUAAAAAACUUGUUAGAUUCUUU